AUGCUCAAUCGAACAGAUAAGAGUUCUCAAUUCAGGAGAACAAAUUAAAGCAUGGAGGGUGCUUCAAAAAAAGAAAUCAUUUCAGAUCAAAAAUCCAGAAAGGAAUUAGCAGUUCCUUAAGAGGAUGAGAGGAAAAUGUUAGGAUCUAAGGAAAGUGAAAAGCGAUCUCAACUGAAAAUUGGGAGUCACCAAUAAUCAAGAAAGACUCUUAGAGGACAGGAUGACGAGGAGAAAGGGACUAAGGUUAUAGGAGAAGGGAGAUUGGAUGAAUAUGGAGAAGAAGAGGAGGAUACUGUUUGUCUAAGGUUUCCUCAUCUAUCCUUUUGUCCUUACAACUAUCAAUCCCAAUUGAAGGAGACUUUAUUCGUUGAAAUUUAACCUGGAAUUUAUCUAUGCGGAUUUGCCAUGGGAUUAUGGACUAAAUACUUGUUAUAAAAAGCAGUAACGAAUGUAUUGAACCUAACCUCCAUGGAAUACACUAAGAGAACUAAGUAUUUUAGAUAUUUAAAUAUUGAUGUUCACAAUACUUCUGAUGAGGAUAUUAAAAAACACUUUAGAAUUAGUAAUAGAUUCAUAAGAGAAACUUUACUAUAAAAAGGCAAAGUGCUUAUUCACUGUAGAGAUGGACUUAAUAUUGGUCCAUGCUUUAUCUUAGCUUAUUUGAUAAAUGAAAUAAAAAUGCCCUUGAAAUUAGGAAUUGAGUUAUUACAAUCCUUUAUUCCACUAUUAGAUAUCGCUGUUCAUUUCUAUAAGCAGUUAGAGUAAUACGAUUUAGAGAAAUUGGCUCUAUUAUAAGUAAAAACCAAAGAUUCAUGA